UUUCAAUUAAAAAUAGCGCGAAUUCUUUUUAACAAAAGUAUUAAACAUGAGUGACGAUGAAAUUGAAAGUAAGACAUCGAAUGAACCAAAUAUUUUGGACACAUUAAAAGAAUUUUUAACAAAUAACGAUAAUACCAAAAAUAUUAUUUACGCUUCUGAUGUUCCACAAAUAUGUAAGGAAACUCCAUGUCUUUUAGGAGUCGAUGAAGCCGGUCGUGGCCCCGUAUUAGGACCAAUGGUUUAUGGGGUAGCGUAUUGUCCUAUCGAAAAAAAUGAUGAUUUAAAGACAUUAAAAUGUGCCGAUUCCAAAACCUUAAACGAAUUACAACGAAAUAAUUUACUCGUCGAAAUAAGUUCAGCUUCAGAUUAUAUCGGUUGGGUUGUUGAAUUAAAUUCUCCAAAUUUUAUUUCGAAUAGUAUGUUAAGUCCAGUUAAAACGACACUUAACGAGGUUGCUUUACAAUCCACUUUUCGUCUCAUUCAAAAGGUCCUGGAUGCAGGUGUUAAUUUAACAGAAGUAUACGUUGAUACACUAGGUCCACCCGAUAAACAUCGUGAAAAUUUACGUAAACGUUUUGGAACUAAAAUUAAAUUUCGUGUUGAAAAAAAAGCUGAUUCAUUAUUCCCAAUUGUAUCGGCUGCAAGUAUAUGCGCCAAAGUAACGCGAGAUCACGCUUUGAAAGUAUGGAAAUUCCCCGAGGAAAUUGAAUCUGAUUACAAGGAGUUUGGUAGUGGUUAUCCAAAUGAUCCGUUAACAAAAAAAUUUCUUGUUAAACAUAUGGAUCCAGUUUUUGGAUAUCCACAAUUAGUGCGAUUCAGUUGGUCAACUGCUGAGAAAAUUUUACAUAAUUCUGCGGUUAAAGUUACGUGGCCAGAAGUGGAUGAGGAUGAAGUUAAACCCAAGAAAACGAAAGUGGAUAAAAGUAAAAAGGAGGAGGCACCAAAAACUAAAAGUAAAAAAAUUACAUCAUUUUUUGCACCACAAAAGAAAAAAAUGGAAAACACUGAGGAAAAAAUUGAGAUUGAUUUACCGAAUUUUUUUAUUGAGCGGUCGUUAUCUUCUGUUGAAUCUCUUUAGAACACUGUGAUA